GCUGCCGUAUUCCGGGGCAGCCAACCGCACAUCCAGCCCGGCCGAGGCAGCCAGUGCCCAAUAGGAUACUCCAAGGAGUUGGCGGCAGCCAAUGUCCGACAGCCGAGCGUUCCGCUCAGGAUAAACACAGCCCGAUCCCCUCAGCCGAACGACCGCGGCAAGGGACGGUGCUAUUAGUCCCAUUGUUUGAGACGAGCAGCCGGCUGAGGGGUUAAGCCAAGAUGGUGAAGGAUCCAAAAAAGCCAAGGGGCAAAAUGUCCUCAUAUGCUUACUUUGUGCAAACAUGCCGAGAGGAGCACAAGAAGAAACACCCUGAUGCUUCAGUCAAUUUUUCGGAAUUCUCCAAGAAAUGCUCUGAGCGAUGGAAGACAAUGUCACCUAAAGAGAAAGGCAAGUUUGAAGAUAUGGCCAAACAAGACAAGGUGCGUUAUGAGAGAGAAAUGAAGAAUUAUGUACCCCCCAAGGGGCAGAAGAAGAAACGAUUCAAGGACCCAAAUGCUCCAAAGAGACCGCCGUCUGCUUUCUUUCUUUUCUGUGCAGAUUUUCGCCCCAAAAUAAAAAGUGAAAGCCCCGGACUUUCCAUUGGCGACACCGCCAAGAAACUCGGGGAGAUGUGGAACAGCUCGUCUGCGGAGGAGAAGCAGCCGUACGAGAAGAAGGCGGCCAAAUUGAAGGAGAAAUAUGACAAAGACAUCGUUGCUUACCGUACAAAAGGCAAAGUCGAUUCAGAAUCAGCUUCUGCCGCUGAUGAAGAGGAAGAAGGAGAGGAGGAGGAGGAGGAAGAGGAAGAAGAUGAGGAUGAUUAGUGCAUUAUGUGUGGAUUGGACCUGAAUUUUUGUUUAUGCCAUAAAAUCCUAAUGUACUCGAUUCAUCUUGAAGCAAAACUCUGAACAAAAACCAUGUGUAUAUUUAAUGUUUUAAAAAUGUACAGUGUUGCUUUGUUUUCUUUUUGUUUUUUUGUAAAGUUAUCACUACAUAUCCUAAGUUUAAGGGUUUUCUAGUGAUAGAAUUUUAUUCCUGCCAUAAUGAACAACUAUUUAGGACUACAUAUCAGUAUGAAAGUAACUAGUGUCUAGAUGUUUCGACUCAAAAAUGAGAUUACAGAGUUGGUUGUGUACAAUGUUUUUUCUUUUUUUUUAAGAAAUAUUUUUUUAUGUAUUGUCCUGGGGUCUUUUUAUUCUUUGAAUACCACUCUAAUAUCAAAUGCAGCUGUUGACAUUUAAGAAUGUCUCAAUAAAGUUUUUUUAAGACUUG